AUGUCUGUCGACGCCCAAGCCCUGAAGAAGAAGAUGGGCAAGUUGGCCUGUGACCCGGCCGCCCACUCCAUCCUCAGCAGCUUGCUGCUGUACAUCACGGGCCGCGCAGACCGGCCCUCGGGGACAGAGGCCGGGGAGAGCAGGCCCAGCCACCAGCCCCAGGCCCAGGAGGCCACCCAGAGGCCCACGCGCUUCCAGCUCCUGCAGGCCAAGUUCCUGGGCACGGGCCGGGAGCGCUACCUCAAGAAGACCCGGGAGGUGGGCCGGCUGAUCUCCAAGGACAAGCAGGGGCCGGGUGGGGGCCUCGUGGGCGCCACCAUCAACAAGCUCCUGGAGAAGACCAAGGAGCCGGCCCCAAAGCCCUGCCCCAGCGAGAAGCCCCACUGGGGCCACCCGGCCGGGAAAAGCACCGUGAAAAACAUCCUGAAGAUGUUCUUGGCCGCCGAGGAGAAGGAGGCGAAGGAGAAAGAAGCACGCGAGAAGCCCGCUGCAGAGCGGCCCAAAGUCGCCAGGGGCCUCUUGCCGAAGAUCAUGGGCAAGAGCUCAGUGCUGUCCAAGCUGCGGGAGAAGUUCGAGCAGAACAGCUGCCUGUGCUCGGAGGCCGGGGCGCUGAGGGUGCACACGCAGGAGCGGAAGAGGAGGAACCUGCAGAGGAAGAAGAUGCAUCGGCCGGAGGUGUGCGUGCUGCACACGGCCACGAUGGCCAGCACCUGCGUCAAGACGCCCCUUGCCCGCUUUCUGGCCUGCACGGCUGAGCCCCUGCCAGCCCUCAGCAUCGCCACCAUCGUCUGUGGCCCCAGGAGCUGGCUGUCCCACUGCACCAAAAUCAGCCACUCGGAGGCGAGGCGUCUGCCCAGAGGAGACGCCAGCGUGCUCCCCAGUGCCAGGGAGACGGAGCCCAGUGGGAAUAAAGCAGCAGGAAAGGGCCCCCUGGAAGGGGAGCCCCAAAGACAGCCAAGGCCCUCGAAGCCCGUGACACCCCAGGUGAUGGCUCGGAGGGACGGCCAGGCUGUCCCCUCGCUGGCCCCCUUUUGUGCUCCCUGCACAGGCGAAGUCCUCCCUGGCCUUGUGCCUGCAUCGUCACCAUUGGGAUCGGCCAGCCCGUGGGGCACCAGAUCAGCCGCAGGUGACGGGAUGGCAGACCCCACGGCAGAGAGCACUGCAGGAGGCGCCCAGGAGGUGAGGGGAGCCAGACUCACAUGGUCUCCUGGGCCCCCGGGUGAGAGUGCAGGGGAGGGCCCUGAAAUCACCAUGACUGUUUGCAGUUCAGAGGACGAACGGGAAGGAGCAGGCUUCCUAGACCCAGGGAGAGACCCCCUCUUUGCCACCCAAAAGUAUUUCCCAGAACAGAAGGUGCCAGGCCACAUCCCACCCCUGAACAGUCCAUCAGUCCAGGCUGCUCGGAGAACACAGCCUGGCACGGAGCCCCCACGGAUAACUGUCCAAAUCCCAGUUGUCCACGAAAUGCCAGCCCCUCCCACCAUGCUGCAAAAUACAGCAAGUUGUGAAAACAAACGUUCUCGUAUUUUUGGAGGAGGGAAUGUGGUUGAAAAUGCACACACAGAAUUUCCCACCGUGACUGAGAACAGAAAGGGUCACCAAGCCCCCGUGGAACUGAGCAAGCUUUCAGGGACCCAGGUGGGACUCGGUGUCUCUUCGCCGCAAGGGCCAGGGGCAGCUUGGGAUCCGGCAGCAGCAAGAGGGACUGCGGGUGCCGACCACAGUGUCCCAGAGAGAGUUCUGACACAGAGACUCCAGACAGAGAAGGAAAACAAAGGCAGCCUUGAGAAUUCACACGGUCCCAGGAAUCCUGACGAUAUUUCAGGAGGGAGGACCUCUGAGCUCAGAGAUGAGAAGCAUCCGUUGCCAGAAUCUAACGAAAUAUCAAUGCAGAACAAGGGCUCCGCAACAAGUUAUCCGGCAGCCUCACAAAACCUUCUGAGGGGAAACACCAGCCAUGCCUCCAGCAGCCAGCAAGCACUGUCCCCGGCCGGGAGAAAUCCAACAGGUGCCCCCACAUCGCUGGCGGCACCAUCCAAGGGGCAUAUGGGGCCUGAGGGUGUCACCGCGAUGGGCACGACCGUGCCCGACGUGCUGGAGGAAUGCAGAAGGCCACUGCUAACAGAGUCCGCUCAGCCCCUGAAGGCUGCCGGGGAAAUCACCAGCCAUGAGUUUCGCGAGAACCCACCGUCCUCAUUAAAUGAACGACCCAAACCAGGUGUGAAAGCCUGUGGGGCGACGGCAGCUGCAGGGAGCGUUGUGAGCCGUGCCACGCCUGCAUCAGUGCCAGGCAGCACCCAGAGCUCUGGAGACUGCAGAGUGGGAGAGCCAGAGACGCUGGGCCAGGGGGGGGGCAGAGCCUUGUCCAAAAGCCAUCCCAGAGGGGAGGCUCUCCCUCAAGACCCCCACAGCCACAGCCUCCUGGCCCGCGGGGGAUCCUCGGAGCCCAAGAGUGGAGCAGCAGGGAGGAGCCUCCUGAGAGGUGCGGCCCUCGCCCGGCACCCAGAGGCACCCCGAUUACACACUGCAAACACAUCGGCAGCCAGCAGACAUACGGCAGCCAUAGGAGGCAGAAAGGAUGUGGCUGUGGAAGGAAACCUUUUGGGUUUCAGCACAAAGUCUGGAAUUCGUGCUUCUGAUCAUCCUAGACCACAGGCAAAGGGUGUGGCAGAGUCCCCGAGCUAUGGCCCUGGCCUCCCACCGUCGCCUCCUGAGAACCCACGGGCAAAGGGCAGGGAGGGCGUCAUGUCUCCCGGUGAGGCAGAGCCUGACCGUCUGCUUCCCCCGAUGCCUCCCAUGCAGGCGGACAUGGGGUGGGCAGGUGGCACCCACCAGCGGGACCCUCCCCAAGUACAGGCACACCUGCCCCCUACUGCUGGUGACACACAGGCAAAGCUCUGGGCCAGUGUCCCCGAGCCUAGGACCCAAGCAGGUGAAUCCCAGGGGCGUCCCCUGACACAGGUGGACCUGGGGAGGCAACCGAGUCACCAGGCGCAGGAGAAGACCCCCCCGCCCGGGGGUGCAGGGAAGAGGGUGGUGCCCUUGGGCCCGAAGGUUAUGCUGAACCCAGCAAAAGAGCCUCAGACCCGGUGGGCACAGGAUCUGGCCGGGGACAAAGGGACGGCCAUUGGGGUUGGGGGUGCCUGCCAGCACAGUGACCAAGGUGAGCGGCAUCUGCAGGGACCCUGGGAGGAGCAGGAGAGGAGCACAGCGCAGGGGGAGGGCACGAGGGCUGCCAAGAACCCAGCUGUGCCUCCAGGGGACCCCAAGGGGCUGGGAAGCCUGGCGGCCCAGGGACGGGCCCAGAAAUGGGCUCAGGGGCAGGCCCAGAAACAGGUUCAGAAACUGGCCCAGGGACAGGUUCAGGGACAGGCACAGGAACAGGCGCAGUGGCAGACGCAGACAGAGGCCCAGGGACAGGCCCAGGAACAGGCUCAGGGUGGGACCCAGGGACAGGCCCAGAAACAGGCCCAGAAAUGGGCUCAGGGACACGUUCAGAGACAGGCCCAGAAACAGGUUCAGGAACAGGCUCAGGGGCAGACCCAGACAGAGGCCCAGAAACGGGCUCAGGGGCAGGCCCAGAAAGGGGCUCAAGCACGGGCCCAGGAACAGGCUCAGGGGCGGACCCAGAUAGAGGCCCAGAAAGGGGCUCAGGAAUGGGCGCGGGCACAGGGUCGGGUGCAGACCCAGACAGAGGCUCAGGGGCAGGCCCAGAAACGGGCUCAGGGGCAGGCUUGGGAACAGGAUCGGGAACAGGCUUUGAUAUGUGGGGUGGCGUCUCGGGCCCAGGAGCAGCCCAUUAGUGGCACCGCUGAGGGAGUGGAUGCUGCUGGCAGGAGGGGGGUGUCCGGAAGCCCAGCCCCCAGGGAUGGUGGACAGUCGGGGGGCAGCAGCCUGGGGGAGCCCAGCACCCGGCACCCACCCCCAGGAAGCCGCCCCCUCAGGGGCAAGAGCGUUGCCACCUCUCCCCUGAGGCUGGGAAAGAGCCCGGCUGAGCCCACGCCCGAGGCUGGCGGCUGCCGGACUCCCCAGGCCCCAGCCCAGAAGGGGCCCCCGGACCACCCCGGGGCAGAGAGGGUCCCGCAGGACACGACGAAGGCGUCGGAGCCUCAGCGUCACAGGAGGUCCACGCGCCUGGCCAAGUACAAAGCCCAGAGCUUCAGUGACCAGAGGGCCUUCGAUUUGUCCUUCAGACCAAUGAGCGUCAGGGCCAGCGACACAUGUGAGCUCCCGAAGUGAGGCCCCGAGUCCGCACCGUGGCUCGCCCAGCGCUGUGACAUCUGCCCAUCGAGGGCCUUCAGGCGUGGUCCUGCCUCCACAUGCGUCUUGGAGAAU